UGUGUCUGUGUUCCUUAGGUUUGCAGGUAAGCUGGGUGAAGAAGCUCAUUUGAACGCUGGCUUCGGAGCCUAUUGCACUCUCAAACAGACGCGCACAUUCUGAAAGACUGAGGGUAUUCGUAGGGAGCCACUGAAGAACCCAGUCACUUAGGGGGACAGACCACAUCCAGCUGCCAAGAUGUGUGACAUGGGGGGACUGGAUAACCUGGUGGCCAACACGGCCUACCUAAAAGCCCAGGGUGGGGAUGACAAGGAGAUGAAAAAGCGCCGUCGCAGCUUGGCUCUCCCCAAGCCGGAGCAAUGUGCUUCACUACGAGCUUCCCUUGACAAGGACUUUACAUCGGUUUGUGAAAGGCAGCCUAUUGGUAAAAAGAUUUUCCGUGAAUUCCUGGCAAAUAAACCUGAGUAUAAGCUUGCUGUCGAUUUCCUGGAUGAGCUGUAUGACUGGGAUCUGGCUGAAGGUGCAAUAAAAGACAAGGCGCGCCAAAACAUCCUCAACAAGUAUUGCAAGGCCGACUCCAAGAGCUUCCUGUCCUUUCUUACUGACGAGCCUGCUGACAAAUGCAAGAAUGUGACAGAUGCCACCUUUGAGGAGGUGAUGAAAGGCAAAGUCCAGGAUGGUGUACGAACGUAUCUGCAGGGCAAACCCUUCACAGAUUACCAGUCCAGCCCAUUUUUUGAUAAAUUCCUCUCAGUUGGAAAGAGAAAAAAAAAACCAAAAAAAAAAAAAAAAUUUUUAAGAAUGGGAAAAAGGGGCUUUUUCCAGGUGUGUGCUGUUCAGGUGAAGAACACAGGCCAGAUGUAUGCCUGUAAGAAGUUGGAUAAAAAGCGACUGAAGAAGAAGAAGGGUGAGAAGAUGGCCCUGUUGGAGAAGCAGAUCUUGGAGAAGGUUAACAGCCUGUUUCUGGUUAACUUGGCCUAUGCCUAUGACAGCAAGACCCAUCUGUGCCUUGUCAUGACCCUGAUGAAUGGAGGAGACCUCAGAUACCACAUUUACCAUAUUGGCUAUGAUGGCAAGGGUGUGGACAAGGGCAUUGAAAUAAAGCGCAUCAUCCACUACACAGCGCAGAUCUCCACCGGCCUUCUGCAUCUGCACGAAAUGAAUAUCGUAUACCGUGACAUGAAGCCGGAGAAUGUGUUGCUGGAUAGCCAAGGCCAGUGCAGACUUUCUGAUUUAGGUCUGGCCAUAGAGAUGGAACCAACAAAGACCACCACCCAGAUGGCUGGUACUGGAGCGUACAUGGCCCCUGAGCUCCUGUCCAAAACUCCUUACAGGACAUCAGUGGACUGGUGGGCCCUGGGCUGCAGUAUCUACGAGAUGGUGGCGGGCUACACACCUUUCAAAGGCCCGGAAAGCAAGAAGGAGAAGGUGGAGAAGGAGGAGGUACAGCGCCGCAUUCUCAACGAGGAACCAAAGUGGGAGCACAAGUGCUUUGAUGCUGUCACCAAGGACAUCAUCCAGCAGUUCCUCAAGAAGAAAAUGGAGGAGCGCCUGGGCUUUAAGAACAACCUGGAGGAUCCCAGGAAGCACGAGUGGUUCAAUAAUAUCAACUUCCCCCGUCUAGAGGCCGGGCUGGUGGAUCCCCCGUGGGUGCCCAAGCCCAACGUCGUCUACGCCAAGGACACCGACGAGAUCGCCGAGUUCUCCGAUAUCAAGGGCAUCGUGCUUGACGCCAAUGACGAUAAAUUCUUCAAUGAGUUUAGCACAGGCGCCGUACCCAUUCAGUGGCAGCACGAGAUGAUUGACACUGGACUGUUUGACGAGCUCAACGAUCCCAACAGGAAAGAGGGCGGAGGAGGAGGUGGUGACGGAAAGUCCGGCACGUGUAUAUUGCUGUGAGUUUGAUAUCAUGUACCAGUAAUAGCACUCAAUCACGUUUGUUUCCUCAGUCAGAUGCACACCAACAUUGAUUUAAAAGAUGGAUCACGAAAGUGAAAGAAAGAUAUUACCAUCCCUCUCUUUUAAGGAUGCUCAAGGUUUAGAAAUGCAUCGCUUUCGAGGUGAGGUUCGGUAAAAAUAUGGAGGAUGCGAUGAUGUAUUUUUAGCAGCUUCUCUUGUUCUCAUGUUGACUGCUAAGAGUCAUUUUUGCAACCUUUUUAUUAAGGAUACUAGUGUUAGAUUAGUAAAUGAAAGGCCUUUGGGCCAUAAAAACUAUAUCACUUUAUGAAGAAACUGUCUAAAAUCCAGUCCAGAGAAAAUACUUUUUCUCACAGUGUUUGCAGUAGAAUUUCCAGCUGAAGCAAUGCCAUUGCAUUCGACAUUGGGCGUCAAACAAAUUGGAACAAACACAUGGGAAGAAAUAUCUUUUAGUAUCUUCUAGUGGAUUGUGUGAAAGUUACAGCAUUUUAUAGCACUUCCCCCCCACCCUGUUACGCCAUCACACAGCCACACUUUUUCUACAGUGAAAAGUGCUUUUUUUACAGCACGUGGCAGGGAUAGUUUUAGUUUUUAAUAUUAAAUGUUGUGAUCCUAAUCCUCAUAGUUGAGUCUGAUCACGGCAUUUACGUCCAGGUGGUUUUCCUUCCGCCCAACAUUUUAGUUUUAUUAAAACUAUAUAUAUAUAUAUAUAUAUAUA